AAACAUGAGGAGGAUGUGAUAAAGAGGGAGAACUGAUGGAGAAAGAGGGGAAAGAAAGGGGAAAAGGGAGAGAGAAAGGGGAAAAGGGAGAGAGAAAGGGGAAAAGAGGGAGAAAGAAAUAGAGGAGGAGAGGAGAAGAAGAGGGAGACACAGGGUUUGAAGCAAAUUUGGUGGAUUGGCAUGCUUAAGCGCACACGAAGGCGCGCCCGGAUGCCAUACUAAUUGGUUCCUCUGUGUCUUCUCUAUCUGGGUUGUACACAACUGCAAUGAAAGCUGCUGGCGCAAGUAGGAGAGUCCUCCAACUAAUUGAUCGUGUCUCAUCGAUGCCCAAAUCAGGAAACAAAUGUCCAUUGGGAGGUCAACAUGGAGAUGUAGAAAUAGAUGAUGUAUGGUUUGCCUAUCCUUCUCGCCCCAACCAUAUGGUACUGAGGGGAAUAACACUUAAACUGAGUCCUGGUUCAAAGGUUGCUCUUGUAGGCCCAAGCGGUGGUGGAAAAACUACAAUUGCAAAUUUGAUCGAGAGGAUUUAUGACCCACUUAAGGGGAAAAUUUUGUUGAACGGAAUUGCAUUGGCAGAAAUAUCGCAUGAGCAUCUUCACAAGCAGGUCAGCAUAGUGAGCCAGGAGCCAGUACUGUUUAAUUGUUCUAUUGAAGAAAACAUAUCCUAUGGUCUUAAUGGAAAAGCAAGCAGUAGUGAAAUUGAACAUGUAGCUAACUUGGCUAAUGCACAUGAGUUUAUAUCAAAAUUUCCUGAAAAAUAUAAAACCUAUGUUGGAGAGCGUGGUGUCAGGUUGUCAGGAGGUCAGAAGCAGAGAAUCGCAAUAGCAAGGGCAUUAUUAAUGAACCCCAAGAUACUCUUACUUGAUGAGGCAACAAGUGCUCUUGAUGCUGAGAGCGAGUUUUUGGUACAGGAUGCUAUGGAUUCUUUAGUGAAGGGAAGAACUGUACUUGUGAUAGCACACAGGCUUUCAACUGUAAAAAGCGCAGAUACAGUUGCUGUGAUAUCCAAUGGUGAGGUGGUUGAAAGUGGCACGCAUGAUGAACUUCUUAUCAAAAAUGGCAUCUACACUGCACUAGUGAGGAGGCAAUUGCAGUCACCGAACACAGACUUCUCAUCAAGCAUUUGAAUGUCUAAAAGAUCUGAACAGCCACAAUUCUUCAGGAUUUGUAUAAUACUGAGGCUCAUAUACACUAUUGGACCUAAGAUUCUGCAUCAGCUGCAAUCACUCUUUGCAAGUGGAACUGCUCUUGUGCAUUAUUUUCUAUAAUCAGAAAUAAGUGGUCCGAGUUCACAAGACCACACAUGUAAACAGAAAUCCAUAAGUACAGCUUUUAUGAGUUUCAAACAAAGGAAGGAAACCGAGCUUUUCG